ACGGAAGAUUUUGUACGAUUAGAUUUAAUUGGGUUCUUCUUUUGCGCCUCUCUUGACAUCCACUAUCUCUCCCAUCCUUUCCCCAAAAUUGUAUAGAGACUAAAACCAGGGUGACCGACUAGGAUUGCAGUAGAUCUUGGUAAAUCUCGUGCUUUAAGAUAUGGCCAAGCUUCCCAAGUCCGGCGUGAUCAAUUCCGAUUAUUAAUGCUUAGUCCGUAAACGUCCCAGGCAACAAAGAUUGAUGUCUCCCAAAUCUAUCCAGACCUACAUGUUCGCCCUGAAGGCAUCAUAUAUGGAACGGAGGGUUCUUCUUCGGAUUGGUGCGAAUAGCUUCAAUAAGCUGCGAUCCUUUUGGCUUGGCUGACCAGUUUCCGUCAAUCGAAACGUGAGAUCCAUUCUGAGUUUCCAUUGAAACGCCACGCUUGCCUUGCAUUUAACCAGUCGGCUAUUUCUCCUUGUCCGAAAGGGUAUUCGUGCGUGGCCAGUUUGCUUGCUUUGAGGCUGCAUGAGAUGAGCGGAUGUUAGUGGAUUCUAAAGGAAUAGUAGUUGCUAUCAUGCUUACCCCGCAUCUAAGCCUUUGUCCCUGGUGUUGCACGAUAGUCUUCUAUGACAGAAAUCAGAAUGGAGGUGAGUCGCAGACAAUCGUAGAGAAGGAAGACUCAGGGGCACGUGGGGACAUCAUGUGCCCGGCCAAAGACUACCUCCCGCCUCAACUUCUGCUCUAUACUCCAACCUGUCACCGCAGCACCCUGUUUGCUCAUGGGGCAUGUCAGGAUUAAUCUCAAAUUUAGACUAGCCUAGACCACUGCUAGUCUGCCAAUCUGCUUGCUUCGUGCCUGUCUGCCUCGGCAACCUGGGCCGCUACCCCGGACGAGCAAUAGAACAAUUAUAGAAAGCAGUGGCCAGAAGGUUGGGUAGUCACCAUACCCGAAACCUGGAGAACCGGAACUCAAAUACCCUAUUGGCUUAUCAAAAGCUCGGUUUGGACGGACGGGACACACUAGUGGCUGUCAUUGAGGCAGAAUCCUUCUCCGGCUGGCCGCCAGAUUCCCUCAAGCGGAC